UCUGGAGGUUAGAGUGCACCGUGUGCAUGCUCCUGAUGACCAUCUCUGGACAGUGCCUUAUAUUUCUGCUCUGUGCCGGCUAUCGGCGCAACAGAUGAAAGAGAGAGACUAUUGAAUCAUUUUGAUUCCAUAUGUCGUUAUUUUUCUGAUCAAGAAGAAAACGAUAUUAAUCGCGAAAUAGUCAUCGUAAAGUGAUAAGUUAGCCAUGGCAGACGAUAUCGAAUUGUUCACCUCUAUUGGUUUGACAAAACAAAAAGCAGCGGAAACACUCAAGAAUGCGCAAGUUACUCAAAAUUUAAAAAGCGUUAUCAACGAGGUACAGAAGCACAAGGAAAUUAGUGCUGUCAAUGGGGUUCUAUUGUAUCAUCUUGCUUCGAAUUUGAAAGCUCAGAUCGCACACCGGAUUCCAUUUCUUGUACGCUACGUGGUAGAUGAAAAACUGAAUACAGUGCAGCGGUUGGAUUGUGCUCUUGAUUACUUAUUGAAUCACCUGAAGGAAGAUGUGGACGUUAAAGAGUUCGAAGAAUUUUGUGGAAUAGGAGUGGUAAUCUCACCUGAAGAAAUCGAAGAUGAAGUUAAGAAGUAUGUAAACAAAUUCAAGGAUGAAAUCGUUGAAAAAAGGUACAAGUUUAACACUGGUCUUAUUAUGCAAGAACUUAGAACUUCUUUGAAAUGGGCAGACGGCAAAGCUAUCAAAAAUGAGAUUGACAUUCAAUUGCUUGAUUUACUUGGACCAAAAACAGAGUUGGAUAAUGUUAAGGCUCCUAAAAAGUCUAAACAGCCGAAUCAAUCGCAACCAAAAAAUGUGCCGGAUGCCUCAAAGGAACCAGCUAUUAAAAAAGUUGCGGAACCAUUGAGCAUAAAUGAAUUGAUAAAAACCAAAAUUCAUUUUCAUAAACCUGGAGAAAAUUUUAAAACCGAAGGUUACGUUAUAACACCAAACACUGAGAAGUUAUUGAAGGAACAUUUGGCUAUUACUGGCGGAAAAGUAAGAACGAGAUUUCCACCAGAACCAAAUGGAAUCUUACACGUUGGUCAUGCAAAGGCUAUAAAUAUCAAUUUUGGAUAUGCUGCAGCAUACAAUGGUUCUUGUUACUUGCGCUACGAUGAUACAAACCCAGAAAAAGAAGAAGAAAAGUUUUUCACUGGAAUUCUUGAUAUCGUUCAGUGGCUUGGCUAUGUCCCUGCCAAAAUUACUCAUUCUUCAGAUAAUUUUGAUUUAUUGUACGAAUGGGCCUUGUGUUUGAUAAAGAAAGGUUUAGCUUACGUUUGUCAUCAAACCAGCAGUGAAAUGAAAGGUUUUAACCCUGUUCCUAGUCCAUGGCGUGAGCGACCUGUAAGCGAAAGCUUGAGAAUCUUUGAAGACAUGAAAAAUGGAUUGCUUGAUGAGGGUGAAGCUACACUACGAAUGAAACUUACUCUUGAAGAAGGAAAGCAGGAUCCUGUUGCAUAUCGUAUUAAAUUUGCUCACCACCAUAGAACAGGAAACAAAUGGUGUAUUUAUCCAACAUACGACUUCACGCAUUGCCUUUGUGAUAGUAUUGAACACAUAACACAUUCACUUUGUACAAAAGAAUUUCAGUCUAGACGGUCUUCGUAUUAUUGGCUUUGUAAUGCUCUUGAUAUAUAUUGUCCAGUACAAUGGGAGUACGGAAGAUUAAAUGUGAGUUAUACUGUUGUUUCUAAAAGAAAAAUAGCAAAACUCAUUGAAAAGAAAAUAGUUGAUGACUGGGAUGAUCCAAGAUUAUUUACUCUAUCUGCUCUGAGAAGAAGAGGCUUCACUCCUGAAGCUAUCAACCGUUUCUGUGCUCAAAUGGGUGUUACUGGAGCACAAGUUGUGAUUGAUCCAUCUGUUCUUGAAGCUGCAGUUAGAGAUCACCUAAAUGUUUCAGCCCCUCGUCAUAUGGUUGUAUUAGAACCACUUAAAUUAACCAUAGUUAAUUAUGAGCAUAAUGCACCAGUUAUUAUGGAAAUCCCAGAUUUUCCAGGAGAGAAAGAUAAAGGAGUUCAUUCGGUUGUUUUUGAUCAAAUAAUCUACAUCGAUGCUUCUGACUUCCAAGAGGAAGCAGAAAGUAAUUUUAGACGCUUGACCUUGAAACAGUCUGUUGGCUUGAAAUACGCAGGCAUUGUUGUCAAAGUGAUUGAAAUAGAACGAGACGCUAAUGGAACUAUAACAAAUAUAAUGGUGCAACAAGAACCUGUUUCAGAAACCACGAAACCUAAGGCAUUUAUUCAGUGGGUAUGUCAACCAGCAAUAGCCAAAGUGCGAAUUUAUGAAAAAUUAUUUGAGCAUAAAAAUCCAGAAGACAUAAACGAAGUGCCUAAUGGAUACUUGAGUGAUAUUAACUACAACAGUAAAAAAGAAACUGUCGCAUACAUUGAUCAAAAUUUGAAAAAAAUUAUAAAGCCGUUUGCAAAAUAUCAAUUUGAAAGGAUAGGAUUUUUCUCUGUUGAUCCUGAUUCAACCGCUGAAAGGGCUGUAUUCAACAGGACCGUAACGCUAAAGGAGAGUAAUUUGAAAUGAUGAAAAUCAAACUGAGAAAUUUUAAUAUGCAAUAAAGCUGAAAAAGUGUAAACUUAUAAA